AUGGAAUCUGGAAUCUUGGAAUCCUGGAAUCUUGAUUUUAGCUCUCAUCAUAAACCGACGAUAUUAAGGUCUGCUUCUGCUAACUCAACAAGUAUUAAAUUAUCGCAAGCAGAACAAUAUGUUGCAUAAGUAUAAUAAUAAUAUCUUGAUAAUAACAUAUUCUGCGGUUAUAUGAUAAGAUUCCAGGAUUCCAAGAUUCCAGGAUUCCAAGAUUCCAGGAAUCCAAGAUUCCAGGAUUCCAAGACUCCAGAUUCCAGAUUCCAGAUUCCAUGUUUACAGCUUACACCUUGUAUUGGGUAGAGGUUUUUCUGGAUCAGGUUUCGUGUUUGGCAUUUACCUUUUUUGUCCUUUUCAUGAUACAUAGAAACUUAAAAACCUGUAUAGUAACACUGCAUCAAUACGAGAUGAUCCUUACUGGAUCUCUAGGAAGAACAGUUUAUUAAUUUAGAACUGAUAGAGCUAUCCAGUAUAAAUACAGUUAGUUUAGUUUAGGCUCCCUCCUGUAGUAACACUGGAUCAAUAAGAGAUGAUCCUUACUGGACCUCUAGGAAGAACAGUUUAGAACUGAUAGAACUAUCCAGUAUAAAUAAAGUUAGUUUAGUUUAGGUUUCCUCCUGUAGUAACACUGGAUCAAUAACAGAUGAUCCUUACUGGACCUCUAGGGAGAACAGUCUAGAACUGAUAGAGCUCGAGCUAUCCAGUAUAAAUACAGUUAGUUUAGUUUAGGUUCCCUCCUGUAGUAACACUGGAUCAAUAAGAUAUGAUCCUUACUGGAUCUCUGGGAAGAACAAAACAGAACUGAUAGAGCUAGAAUAGAAUAAAAUAGAAUAGAAUAGACUAUAUUUGCUCACAAAAAUAUUUACAAUGGGAAUAUAGUUCAAAUACAAUAAUAUAAGGAGCUAGGGACCUUUUGAAAUCCUGUUAGACUUUUGAUAUAAGGCCCCUAUAUUGUUUUGAAUGAAAUAAAAUACAUAAAUCUAAAUUGGUUCAAUAUAUAUCCAGUAUAAAUACAGUUAGUUUAGUUUAGGUUCCCUCCUGUAGUAACACUGGAUCAAUAAGAGAUGAUCCUUACUGGACCUCUAGGAAGAACAGUUUAGAACUGAUAGAGCUAUCCAGUAUAAAUAAAAUUAUCUUAGAUUAGGUUUCCUCCUGUAGUUACACUGGAUCACUAACAGAUGGUCUUACUGGAUCUCUAGGGAGGGAGAACAGUUUAGAACUGAUAGAGCAUAGCUAGAGCUAUCCAGUAUAAAUAAAGUUUAAACCAACGACGGGAAAUGGAAAUCGACUGGUUGUUGCAAAACACUAGGCUUUCUAAUACACAAAAUAUGAACAAAAAACAUUACCUUGCCGUAUCUGACCACACAUUCAAUGCCUUCAGAAGUAAUUUGGCCAAGUAAAGAUGCGUUUAGGUGUCCAAAAUUAACAUUUUCAACGACCAUAAUUUACACUAUAAGCUCUUUGUUCCAAAGUCAAACCGCCGAAGGAUCAAAGUUCAAAUUGCUGCGUCUUUACCCAGAGUCCUCUUAUUCGGUGCUACGUCAUGUAAUGUACACUAUAGUGGAUCAAUACUAUAUGACAAUGAAAGAGAGACUUGGAGCAAGUCUAGAGUCCUCUAAGCUCUGGCUUAUCCGCUCGCGAGAUAACUAUUAUGGUUUUACUUUUUAUGAAAAUGCUGAGAUCUAUGUGAUUGCGAUUCAUACUACAAUAUGGAGUCUGAAUAACAACAGAGACACCUGAUCAGUUGAAAUUAUUGCAUGUGUGUAUAAAAAAUUAUAUAGAAACUAUAACGAUUAAAAAUCGUAAUAUGCAUGUGCAUGCAUGGUGCAAUUUAAUAAUUUAAUUCAAGAAUAUUGCAAAAACAACUUCCUUAUUUUGAGAAAAAUAAUCUUACAUUGAGGAAAUUAAUCAUUCCAUCAAUCAAGAAACGGUUAAUUAAUGUAUAUAUUUUCAAGAGAAAACGUCUUAUGAGUUAUGUUGAAAAACGAGGUUCGUUUUAAUAUAGCAUGCAUGCAGUUAGAGGAAAUAACUUAUCAUUUUAAGAAAACAGUUAUAUGUGGAAUUAACUAUAUUAUAUACGAAGUAUUUUUCUUCAGACUGAAUAAUUUUCUUAUUUUAAGAAAACCGGGUUAUCUUAAAUCAAGAAAUAUAUUUUUAAGAAAUAAUUUUCUCAUUUUAAGGGAACAGUUAUCUUAAAUCAAGAAGUAAUUUCUCUUGAGAAAUAAUUUUCUCAUUUUAGGAAAACAGUUUUCUUAAAUUAAGAAUAAUUUUUUCUUAAGAAAUGAUUUUCUCAUUUUAAGAAAACAUUUUCUUAAAUUAAGAAAAUAAUUUUUCUUAAGAAAUAAGUUUCUCAUUUUAAGAAAAUAUUUUCUUAAAUGGAGAAAAUAAUUUUUCUUAAGAAAUUGAUUUUUUGCUGUGUGCGGGUGGUACAAUAUAUUUGCGGCUCGCUGAGAGUUUCCGAGGCUUCAGCAUUUGUGUCCAGUAUGGAUUUCCAAGGUCUCUUAUGAUACGAAUUUUAAUAUAACACAUCUAGUAGCUAUGAUUAAUCUAGUUCAUACAUAAACAAUUCUUCAUAAAAAGCAGCUACUUCUCUGCGAGUUUGAGCUUUGUUUCCAUUUGAUCGUAACUGUCGCGAACACUAAGUAAUUUUCAACGAUGCGAAAUAGGGCUGUAUCGUUAUUCUUUGUGUUUUGUGAUGUAAAAGUACUGUAUGCAGAAAUUUCUGAUAUUAGUAAUAUAACUACUGGACGUGGAAAUAAUAAUAUAUCUACUGUAUACAUCAGUUGUCUUGAUAUGUUUGCGACUGUUAUAAUUAUCAAUUUAGUCCCGCUAUACAAAUUCACACCGCCCUCGUUCACAAAAUUUGAAUUCGUAAAUUUUUUGAUUAUUCUAUUUAUAUUACCCAAUCUCCUAAUAGCCAUAAAAGCCGGAUAAAAGGGUGUUUUGCGAAAUUGAAGCAAACCAAAUCUGUUAGUUUUCAUUUAAUACUAAUCUAAUCAUAUACUCUAUUACGUGUACGAAAAAAGCUUGUCCCCAUGCGUAGCGGUACAUGUUGCCAAAUAACGCAUGCGCGCAGGGGCGUAAAACCGGGGGGACAAGGGGGUGGGGCCCCCCCAAGUUUUGGCAGUGCCCUUUUACAAUUUAAAGUGCCGGCAACUGCCUGAUCAAUUUUAUACUAUUGACAUUUUGAAAACUGUAUUGCCACAGAUUUGGAGAAAAAGUUGCGUUUUCAUAAAAAAAGCAUAUCAGGUUCGUCCGAAAAUUUUUACUAUUUAUAGCUAAAUAUGUACUCCGGAAAAUUUUAAAUGUCCGAAUGGUACAAAAUGAAAAGGCCUUGGCGACGGGGGGGCCAAGGUGCCAAAAAUUUUUUGAGAGCCCUUUUUUUUUUAAAGUCCCCUAAAGCCUGCCCCCCCCAACUUGUAUUGCUUCCUACGCCCCUGCAAGCACGUGAUCACGAAAAGAGAAAUAUUGGUUAUACUUAAAAUUCCACCAUAAAUUCGUUAUAUAAAACGUUUUGAUGUUGUCAAUUAAAAUCUUCAGCAAAAAUCGGUUACAGCACAUGCGCAAUCUAUCAUUUUUAACGUACCCACAAUCCUAAACGACGCUAAAUAUAUUCGCAGUAUAAAUUUGGAGACUGCAUCGUGCGUAAUAUUAAAUGAUGCGCAUUUGAGACACGGCCAUAGAAAUCCUUCGAUAUUGCAGUGUUGGAUUUUGUUUUUGUGGAUCAUCGGAUCAUUUGCUUUUUGUAGAGAUUUGGAUCAUUUGCUUUUUGUGGAUCAUUUAGAUUUUUGCUUUUUGUGGAUCAUUUGGAUCAUUUGCUUUUUGUAGAUCAUUUGGAUCAUUUGCUUUUUGUGGAUCAUUUGGAUCAUUUGCUUUUUGUGGAUCAUUUGGAUCUUUGCUUUUUGUGGAUCAUUUGGAUCAAUUGCUUUUUGUGGAUCACUCAGGUAGAUUAAUGCAUGGGUCAAGUUUCAGCCAAGGUCGAAAUAUGGGUCUACCAAGUUGGGCGCGAUUUUUAAAAAGUAAACAAGGUUAGGUUUAACCUGUCAUGGUUUAAUGUUAUAGAUUUUAACCUGGUGAAUUUUUUACCGAUUUUUAUUUUAUUAUUCGCUUUCCCCAAUUGCCAUUUUGGUUUAAUGUUGUACAUAGCAUCUUGUACUAAACGAAUCUAACUUGCUUUGUUGUCUAGAUGGCUAAACAAAGUAAAUAUUUUGCGUGUUAUGUCAAUUUAUUCCGUAACUGUGCGUAUUUAUUUAAAUAUAUUUUGAAUAUUCGUGUUAAUGUAGGUAUAUCAAGUUAUGACUAUCAAGUUUGUGUUGUGCUUUAUCUAUUUAGCAUAAAAUUAUCGUUGCUUAUGUAUUGUAACCUUGUCCGCAAAACGGGCGAAAGUCAUAGACCAGCGGGAGUCCGCAUUGUCGAUUAUAAUUAGUUGCGCAAUAAAAUAUGAAACUACAACUUUAUAAUAUGAAAUACAACAUGAAAUUGUUGCAUUUAUAUUGACUUGCGUCUUGCGCAACUAAUUAUAAUCGACAAUGCGGACUCCCGCUGGUCGUAAAUAAUACGGCUUAAUGGCGAUAGCUUUCUUUCUAUAUUUGAUACAAACUAUGACUUUCGCCCGUUUUGCGGACAAGGUUAAAAUACAUAAGCAACGACAAUUUUAUGCUAAAUAGAUAAAGCACAACACAAACUUGAUAGUCAUAACUUGAUAUACCUACAUUAACACGAAUAUUCAAAAUAUAAAUACGCACAGUUACGGAAUAAAUUGACAUAAAACGCAAAAUAUUUACUUUGUUUAGCCAUCUAGACAACAAAGCAAGUUAGAUUCGUUUAGUACAAGAUGCUAUGUACAACAUUAAACCAAAAUGGCAAUUGGGGAAAGCGAAUUUAUGAGUCCGCACAAUGGGUUUCCAUUUAAAAUGUGUUUAUUGACGUUUUAGGCUAUAUAACUGCUCAUGUGAUUGUGAAGAACGAAUAAUAGAAUUAAAAUCGGUAAAAAAUUCACCAGGUCAAAAUCUAUAACAUUAAACCAUGACAGGUCAAACUUAACCUUGUUUUCUUUUUAAAAAUCGAGCCCAACUUGGUAUACCCAUAUUUCGACCUUGGCUGAAACUUGACCCAUGCAUUAAUCUACCUGAGCAUUUGGAUCAUUUGCAAUUCAAUUCGCCAGGCGCCAGAACAAAAAUCAAACUUGCGCGUACGGCGCAACCAGCAUUAUAUAAACAAUCAGUCAUCUGUAGGUACUAUUGCGGUGCAGGGGACGUUUAAGCGAUAAAUAGUACUGUAUUAUUUAAAAUAAAGCUUUUGAUAUAAACGUUUAGUUGCUUUCUUGCGAUAUACGAAAUCCAUGCGGCUGGUGGUCCGUUAUUUAGAAAUAGACCUAAGUACAUGUGUUCGAAGCUUUCAACACGACACUGAGACUGAAAGACCUGAAAAUAUAGCUAAACUACAAAUUUAACGAACAGAAAAUAUUUGCGUAGCAGCGUUAGACUAGGAAGCUAUUUUGGUUGGUUUAAAACAAACGAGCGUAGUCAGCGUCUAUGAGGAUGAUUGUGUGACAUAUUUGCAGCCUUGCAGUGUUUCCGUGUGUGAGCGACAGUGUCGAAGCUAAAUUAAAAGAUAAUUAGAAGCUAAAUUAAACGAUAUGUAUAUGAUUACAAUGCGCGCAUUAUGUAUUACGGCUGAAAAGUGUAGAGGUAUCAUAUUCUGUCAAAAUAACAGCGGCUAGCGCGCUCGGUUGGCAAAUAGCCCGACAUCGCACAAAUCAUUUCGGUUUUCAAUCGCAAAAUCCCAAAUCGUAGCAAUUUAUGGAAUAUUUCCGAACGCCACAUAAACAUGAAAUGUUUGUCUAUCUUUAAGGGCCACGAACAUAUACUAGGAGAUAAAAUAGAAAAAUUUGAGGCUCGAGCGUUAGCCACCGACAGCGUAGAAUUUAUAGCUCAAUCAAUAUGUUUGUAUCAGACAUAUGCAAUCGACAUAGUUACAUUCGCGACGUUCAUGAUAGGGACUAUCACACUUCCAAAGCUAAUAAACCUAUAUCCUAUAACUUAAGACAUUUUAUCAUCAAACAAUACAUCUAUAGACUUAUUAGACUAUACGAAACGGAAACAUUUCAGUACUUGUUAUACUAUAUAGAUAACAGCAAGAUAAAAAAACAGCAUGUAUUUUACUUUAUUACUGCAUGGAGAUUUGUUUUUUUAAAUUUUCCUGUAUUUAUCUAGCGCAUAAAUGGAAAAAAGUACGAAAAAAAUAUUAAAAAUAAAAAUAAUAUUUUCGUGAAAAAAAUGCGUUUUCGGCACAUUUUAUGACCCACGACUUUACCAAAGACUUUACCCACGACUUUACUCACGACACACGACUUUUAACCCACGACACACGCCACACGACAUAUAGGGACACUCCUUCGAUUAUAUAGGAUCACUAUUCAAACUAGAAUAACUAUAGAUGUAUAAAUCUUCAAACUAGAAUAACUAUAGAUGAUGUUGAAAUUAUGUUAGCCUAAUACACUUACAUUCCUUGACGCAGUUCUUGCUACAUAACACACCAAAAUCCACCCGAAAUGUUGACCACAUGCAACAGGGAUAGAUACAACCAUUAUAUACAAUCGGAAAAGAUUUUAUUGAAUAAUUGAAUUAAUAUCUAAAGUAUUUAAGCGAGCCUUUUGUGAAACAGAACAUUAUGUAUACACAGUGUAUGGCGCAAACACGUGGAAGUUGGAUAUGAUUUGACCAUAAUAUACCUUUAAAUAAUUCAAUAACCCAUAAUUUCAACAUCUAUAGUUAUUCUAAUUUGAAUAGUGAUCCUAUAUAAUCGAAGAGAUCUUUUGAAACACCGGAUUUAUGAAAUAGUACAACAGGAAUUUGAAUCUGUUUUCUGACUUCGUUAAUGAUUCGUGGAUCAUGGGAAACGCACAAAUACACAGACGCACAAAUACACAGACGGAUCACACAAAUACACAGACGGAUCACACAAAUACACAGACGAAACCAGGAGAACACGCUCGUGAAUACAAAAUAAGUUCUCUGGAUUGUUCCUAUCGUUGCUACCAUCUUUCCAUUUCCAGUGCCUUAGUGCAGAGUGACAAUUGGGGCAUGUUAUUUGACCAAAGUUGUUUGUAUGAAACAGUGGGUUCCACAAGAUGACUGAAGGAAUAACGUUGUUUAUCCAGUUAUGUUUGAAAAAAGGGCUACCUUCUGGGCAAAUAAGAACUUGCGUUUCGUCUGGCUUUUUCUCGCAAUUCUCAAUGCAUAACUUGAUAAAAUUUAACCCACGACUUUACUAUGGGACCAGCACACGGCGAAUUUGACAAAUAGCACGUUAAAAUACUGAUAAAAACUCCCACAAACAACAAGUCACUUUUGUUGCCAUAUUCGAAUGACAUCUAAAGCAUGACUUAGUCGCGAGUGUAUCACAUGCAGGUGUGAUUAAGAAUCCAAUACAUAACUAUUGUGUUUCGACACUGUCGCUCACACACGGAAACACUGCGGCAAGGCUGCACAUAUGUCAUCCUCAUAGACGCUGACUACGCUCGUUUGUUUGAAACCAACGAAAAUAGCUUGCUAGCCUAACAAUAUUUUCAAGUCUUUCAGUCUCAGUGUCGUGUUGAAAGCUUCGAACACAUGUAAUUAGAUCUAUUUCUAAACAAAUUAACGGACCACCAGCCUGGAUUUCGUAUAUCGCAAGAAAGCAACUAAACGUUUAUAUCAAAAGUUUUAUUUUAAAUAAUACAGUACUAUUUAUCGCUUAAACGUCCCCUGCACCGCAAUAGUACCUACAGAUGACUGAUUGUUUAUAUAAUGCUGGUUGCGCCGUACGCGCAAGUUUGAUUUUUGUUCUGGCGCCUGGCGGAUUGAAUUGCAAAUGAUCCAAAUGAUCCACAAAAAGCAAAUGAUCCAAAUGAUCCACAAAAAGCAAAUGAUCCAAAUGAUCCACAAAAAGCAAAUGAUCCAAAUGAUCCACAAAAAGCAAAUGAUCCAAAUGAUCCACAAAAAGCAAAUGAUCCAAAUGAUCCACAAAAAGCAAAUGAUCCAAAUGAUCUACAAAAAGCAAAUGAUCCAAAUGAUCUACAAAAAGCAAAUGAUCCAAAUGAUCUACAAAAAGCAAAUGAUCCAAAUGAUCCACAAAAAGCAAAUGAUCCAAAUGAUCCACAAAAAGCAAAUGAUCCAAAUGAUCCACAAAAAGCAAAUGAUCCAAAUGAUCCACAAAAAGCAAAUGAACCAAAUGAUCCACAAAAAGCAAAUGAUCCAAAUAAUCUACAAAAUCAAAUGAUCCAAAUGAUCUACAAAAAGCAAAUGAUCCAAAUGAUCCACAAAAGCAAAUGA